GAACCCCUCGAGGAGGUUGACAUCCUUCGACGAGGUUGAACCCCUCGAGGAGGUUGAAAUCCUUCGAGGAGGUUGAACCCCUCGAGGAGGUUGAAAUCCUUCGAGGAGGUUGAACCCCUCGAGGAGGUUGAACCCCUCGAGGAGGAUCAAAUCCUUCGAGGAGGUUGAAAUCCUUCGAAGAGGUUGAAAUCCUCUUUGUGAGAAUGACGCGGCUGCGUUGAGUCAACGUAAACAACUUUCUCCCGUGCGGAGAACGGCUCUGAGAUAACUCGAGGAGGGCGGGGUCGCUCCAGCUAAAGCCACAAACUAACACAACACCUUUAAAGAAGAAAAUCAGCUGUUGGAAGGUAAACAUGGACGUCUCCCAACGGGGACAAUAGGGAGGAGGCGAGCUGGACGGUCGGGUUUAGAGGAUGUCUAACACUGGAUCAGGUGAAUCGGGCCUGCAGAUGUGGAGAGUGAGCGGGGUUUGAAGGAUGUUUUGAUAAGUCUUUAUUGACAGUCUUGUCAAAUGAUGAAGGCACUGGUAGUGAUAUCCAGCUCGGUCCAGGACGGGGAAAAGUGUCUCGAGUUGUCAGUCUGAGAGAUGAUGAGGAGGCAACACAUCCUCAGAGGGCAGGAAGCAGCCAGGCGCUAGUGGUUUAGGUGUUAUCUGGAGGACCUGGACCCUCCUGGUGCCUGUUAGUGGAAAGAGAAAAACCUCACCUGGACCUCGGAAUGGAUCCCUCGGAAAGUCCUUCAACCAAUCGGCGGAAGGCCAAGUUGAUGUUCGGCCUGAAAGGGAAGAAGAAAAAGAAAGUCAACACAGACCUGGUCCUGGCAAACAAGGGAGCUUUGGACGGUGAGGUGGGGGUGCCCUCUGAAGCGUCUCCCCUGCUGGAGGGAGACGCCCCCGAGGACCAACCAGUAACCUCUGCAGUCAGAACCAGAAUAAAACCAAACAAUAAAAGGGCCAAACUGAAGACCUGUAUCCAGAAGUGCGAAGGGAAACAACAGAGCUUCCAGAUUGCCAUUAACAUCACGGAGGCCCGGCAGCUGGUGGGAGAAAACAUCGACCCGAGUGUGGUGAUCGAGAUCGGCGAUGAGAAGAAGCAGACUUCGGUCAAAGAAGGGACCAACGCUCCCUUUUACAACGAGUAUUUCGUGUUUCAAUUCUUUGCCUAUAAAGAGGUCUUUUUGGACAAAGUCAUCAAGCUGACGGUGAUGCACUCCAAGAUGCUGAGGAGUUUCUUUGUUGGGUCCUUUAAGCUGGAUGUGUCCACAGUCUACAACCAGCCAGGUCAUCAGUUCACCAAUAAGUGGGCGAUGCUGACCAACCCUGGUGACAUUAGCACUGGGGUCAAAGGUUACGUCAAGUGUGACAUCAGCGUCACGGCGAAGGGGGACGCCGUGCGGCCGGAACCAAAAACGAGUGAUGCCGAGGAGCAGAUAGACAAGAACCUGCUGAUUCCAGAAGGUUACCCCUCGGAGCGCCCCUGGGCUCGCUUCUCUGUGAAGGUGUACCGCGCUGAAGGUCUUCCCCGGAACAACUCCAGCAUCAUGGCCAACGUCACCAAGGCCUUCAUCGGAGACAACACGGCCCUCAUAGACCCGUACGUGGUGGUGGACUUCUUCAAACAAGUGGGUCGCACGUCCACUCAGAAGUCCACAGCGGAGCCGGCGUGGAACGAGGCGAUCGUCUUCACGGAGAUGUUUCCCCCUCUGUGUCAGAGGCUGAAGCUCCAGGUCUGGGAUGAGGGAAGCAUGGGCGACGUUGCCAUAGGAACGCAUUACUUUGACCUGAGGCGCAUCUCCAAUGAACAGGAUGGCGACAGAGGGUUCUUACCCACGUUCGGCCCGGCGUGGAUCAACCUGUACGGCUCCGUGAGAAGCGGUUCAAUCGCCGACGACGCGGUGGAGCUCAACGAGGGCAUCGGAGAGGGCGUGUCCUACAGAGGUCGCAUCUACAUGGAGCUGGCUGUGGAGAUCCUCUCGGCGGGGUCGGGUUCGGAGUCCAAACUCAGCAAGGUGAUGAAACCGCUGAAGGACGCCAAAGCAGGAAAAGGCGGAGGGAAGGACGGCAAGACUCCUGCAGGAGGAGGAGGAGGAGCGGCAGGAGGAGGAACCGCCGACGACGACAAAGGGAAAGCCGUGGCUGCAGAGGUCAUGCAUGUGGAACCUCCUCCUGUGCUGGAUACGAACAACAACGAGAGCUUUCUGCUCUUCGGGGCGUUAUUCGAAGCCAGCAUGAUUGACAGGAAGAUCGGAGACAAGCCAAUCAGCUUCGAGUUCUCCAUGGGUAACUGGGGUAACGUCCUGGAGCCUCCAGAGAAGUCCUCCGUCCCCAUCCCUAGUCCCGCCGCCAGGAGGACAACGAUGCUGGACGUCCCGGACAGCGGCGACGUCGCCGGCUCCUCGACCUUGAGCACCUCGGCGUCCUCCUCGCUCUCCCCGUCCGCCCCGUCCGCCCCGUCCUCCCCUCUCUCCCCGGUGCUUCCCAGAGAGCCCGCGGACCCGCCCUCGACCUCCAAGUCCAGCACGCCGCCGCUGAGGCCGCUCGUCGUGCAGGGGAACAAGCACUACAUGUACCUCCCCCUGGAGAAGCAGAAGCCGUGCAUCAGCGUGCUGAGUCACUGGGAGAACCGGACCUACCGACUCCUCAACUCCAACAUUCUGGACAACAUGGCCGUGCGGUUUGAGGAGGGUGUCACCGGUGCAGCCGAGCUAAACAAGAAGUCAGAUCCGGGGGCGGAGCCUAUGCUCAAAACCAUCCUCGAAGAAUUCUGUAUGGACGCCAGGAUUUUCAUAACGGCGGUGGAGGCCAAGUUGAAGGCGGAGCUAAAGUCGAGCUACCUGACCCAGCUGGACAGGAAGCGCCUCAUCCUGUGUAAACAGGAACUGGAGGGUAUGAUAGGAGAGGCCAAGUCCGUGGUAAAGAGGAAGAGAAAAGCUGGUGGUGUGAAAGAAAUGCUGCAGCAUGCAACAAAACUCACACACAAGCUACGCUUCCUUGUGGAGGAGCCCCAGCACACGGUGCCCGACGUGUUUGUGUGGUUGCUAAGCAACAACAAGCGCGUCGCGUACGCUCGGCUCCGUGCCAGAGACCUGCUGUACUCCGGCCGCCAGGAGGCCCGAGGAAUCCACUGUGGCAAGAUAAUAACACUGUUUCUGAAGCCUCCCGGGAAGCGCGUCGCAGGCCUGUCAGUCCAGGCGAAGGUGGACGUGUAUCUGUGGUUCGGAUCCUGUUUCGACGUCGUCCACAUGCUGGACGACCUUCCCGCGGGGCUCCGUUUGGCCACAGGGGGCGCUGACGCCAGCUGCCCUCCGUCGGGCCUCCUCUGUGCAGAGCAGCAGACGUUCCAGCUGAGGUGCCACAUGUAUCAGGCCCGCGGCCUCAUCGCGGCGGACACCACGGGCCUGUCGGACCCUUUUGCCCGAGUCACCUGUCUGUCACACAGCCAGACCACCAACGUGAUCAGUCAGACUCUCAGUCCCACAUGGAACCAGUGUUUGCUGAUGGACCGCCUGGUGCUCGGGGGGGAUCUGCAGAACCUCCAGCAGGAGCCGCUGCGCAUUCUCAUCGAGGUGUACGACGAAGACGCGCUGGGCAAGGCGGAGUAUCUGGGGUCCACGGUGGCGGUGCCCGAGGUCCGCUUGACCUCCGACCCUUACGCACCGCCGACUCUGCAGUACAGCCCGCUGCACUGCGGCAGCCAGCCGGGGGGAGACCUGCUGGCCGCAUUCGAACUGCUGCAGAUCCAAGAGUCCGGAGACGGGAGUCUGCCGGCGCUGGAGAAACAGGAAGGAGACAUCUACACGGUUCCUGCCAACAUCAGACCUGUGCUCAGCACCUACAGGCUGGAGGUGUUAUUUUGGGGUCUGAGGGAGCUGAAGAAGGUUCAGCUGCUGUCUGUUGAUCGCCCACAGGUGUUCAUAGAGUGUGCAGGUAAAACACUGCGUUCCUCCGUCAUCCAGAGGUACAAGUCCAACCCCAACUUCACCACGCUGGUGGACGUCAUCGAGCUGGAGUUACCAGAGAACGAACACCUGCACCCUCCGCUCAGCAUCACCGUCGUGGACUGGCGGGCCUUCGGUCGCAGCACGUUGGUCGGAAACCACAUCAUCAACAACCUCAAGGCCUUCAAAUACACUCCGCCUCCGGCCACCGAGAGGCCGGGAACCGCCCCGCCCCCAAAGCCACAGAGCACUGAGGGACCGUCCCAGUCCGCCGCCGGUUCGGCCGCACCGCCGCCGAAUCGAGACUUCCUCAUCACUGUGGAGGACGAAGCCCCUCCUCCACCUCCAGCCCCACCCGCGCCAACGCCAAAGGACGAACCCCGGAAGAAAAGGGGGAAAGCUGCCGAGGGCGAGGUGAAGAGCACCCGCGGUCGCUCCACGAAGAGGAAGAAGCGGACCAUCGCCGACGAGUCGGCCGAGUGCGUCAUCGACUGGUGGUCGAAAUACUACGCGUCUGUGGAGAAGCAGGCCAAACUGGACGAGUCUCCGUUCCCCGAGGUCUUCGAUAAAGCUUUGCCGUACGAGGGCUUGCUCAGCGAGGGAAUCGGCUCCUUAGUCGGCAGCGAUCGAGACAAGAAGAAGAAACCCAAAGGAAAAGGAACCCCGGAACCAAACCUGGGUCUGGUGACCAAAUUAGCCACGCUCAAGCUGUACAACAAGGAGCUGGAGGCGGAGUUUGGCCUCUUCAAUGAUUGGGUGAACACAUAUGAGCUGUUCCGGGGGAAAGCCAACGAGGAAGAGUCCGAGGAGCGGUUCGUUGGCAAGUUUAAGGGCCGGUUCUGCCUGCAGAAGCUGAGCGAGGACUCGGCCGAGGACCGGGACGAAGACUCGGCCGGAGGGGCCUACGGGGUCACCCGAGGAAUCCCCCCCAACGGGCCGGUCCAAGUCCUCAUCCGGGUUUACAUCGUCUCUGCGUCCAACCUGCACCCUGCCGAUCCGGACGGGAAGGCGGACCCUUACAUCGUUCUCCGGCUUGGAAAGAACGAAAUCAAAGACCGGGACAACUACAUCCCCAAGCAGCUGAAUCCCGUGUUUGGAAGGUCGUUUGAGAUGCACGCGUCGUUCCCUCUGGAGUCGCUGCUGUCGGUGGUGAUCUACGACUACGACUUGGUGGGAGGGGACGACCUGAUCGGAGAGACUCGCAUCGACCUGGAGAACCGGUUCUACAGCCGGCACAGGGCCACCUGCGGACUCCCCACCGAGUACAGCCUCGACGGCUACAACGCCUGGAGAGACGGCCUGAAGCCGUCGGAGCUGCUGUCCAAGCUGUGCCGAGACAACGGGCUGGACGAGCCUCGGUUCGAACCGGGCCGCAUCACGCUGGGCGACAAGGUGUUCGUGGGGAAGACGUGCUUCAUGCAGGAAGACGAGCCGCUGGAGUCCUACGAGCACCUGUCCCUGAAGAUCCUGCACCGCUGGCCCGAGAUACCAGCGGUGGGGUGCAAGCUGGUCCCGGAACACAUUGAGACCAGAACCCUGUUCAACAAGGCCCGGCCCGGCAUGGACCAGGGUCAGGUCCAGAUGUGGGUCGACAUGUUCCCCAUGGACUCACCUCAACCGGCACCUUCGGUGGUCAUUGCUCCUCGUAAACCAAAAGGGUACGAGCUGCGUAUCAUCAUCUGGAACACAGAGGAUGUGAUCCUGGAGGACAGCAACUUCCUGACCGGUCAGCAGUCCAGCGACAUCUACGUCAAAGGCUGGUUGAAAGGGUUGGAGGACGACCGGCAGGAGACCGACGUCCACUACAACUCUCUGACCGGAGAGGGCAACUUCAACUGGCGCUUCGUGAUCCCCUUCAGCUACCUGCCCGCGGAGAAGGUCAUCGUCGUGACGAAGAAGGAGCACAUCUUCUCCUUGGACAAGUCUGAGCAGAAGCUUCCGGCCAUCCUCAGUCUGCAGGUCUGGGACUUCGAGACGCUCUCCUCCGACGACUUCCUCGGCACGGUGGAGUUGGACCUCCACGGUUUCCCGCGCGGGGCCAAGGCGGCGAAGUCGUGCAAGAUGGACAUGAUGACGGACGGGACGGAGAGGAUCUCCAUCUUCCAGCAGAAGAGGGCGAGAGGCUGGUGGCCCUUCAUCAAGUCUGGAGAGCUGACGGGGAAAGUGGAGGCGGAGUUUCAUCUUGUGAGCGCCGAGGAGGCGGAGAAGAUCCCCGUCGGCCGAGCCCGCAAGGAGCCGGAGCCGCUGCCGAAGCCAAAUCGCCCGGACACCUCCUUCUCGUGGUUCAUCAACCCCUUCAAGUGCUUCUUCCACUUGGUGUGGCGGAGCUACAAGAAGUACAUCAUCAUCGGCUUGUUGCUGCUGGUGACGGCGCUGUUCCUCGCCCUGCUGUUCUACACGCUGCCCGCCGCGCUCUCCCAGAAGAUCGUCAACGGGUGACUCCGCCCCCUCGCAGGAAGUGGGUGGAGACUAAAAAAAUAAUUGUCUUUAUUUUGUGUAAGAUUCGCAUGAAUGAAGAACGCGUGAGUUUACAGUCGCCUAUGAAUUUAAACAAUCACCUGUGUUUAAGAAAGAAGUGAAUUAUGUUGCAACACGUGUUCAAUAUAAAAUAACAGGUCAGCAGUCCAAAAUGUCCUUUUUUAUUUUAAUUUAAUUUAAUUAGUUUAACAUUUGAAACUGCUAAUCCAUCUUUUCCAACGAAGCCUUGAAUGUCCGACGUUAUAUUUGGUGACAUCGAGAAGUUUGAUAUUUCACAAGUUAUAAAUGAGCAGCUCUAUUAACUUUUUAACAAUUAAACUGACUUUUGGACUUUAUAACCCUCUGUGGUACUUCCUAUGACAUUUUAUGACUUUAUAUAUGCCAUGUCCAUUUUCAUAACUUAUAUGAAUUGCUUUACUAUGACUUUCUUUUCUCAACUCCAGAGGGAACUCUAUGAUGACACACAAAUGAUUGUAAUGUAUCAAAUUCAGAGUCCCUUCAUUACAAAAAAAAAAAAGUAUGACUAAUUUACCCAGAAGGAGGAUGUUGUCCCUCAUUCCAUAAAGUACCA